AUGGCCAUCCACGAACUUCCUGAACUUCUUUCACAUGAAGAAAUGAAGAAACAUCAAAUUCCUAUUCCCUUCAGAGACAGGUGUGCCAGUCUUUUGAUUCCAUUGAACAAGUGCAGAAAGCAGGGCGGAUACCUACCAUGGACAUGUGUUGAGGAAAGACACGACUAUGAACACUGCCAAUACUUGGAUUUCAAGAGAAGAAUCAAGGAAUUGGAAGAUUACAAAAAGGCCAGAGACUCUGCUUAA